CCGCUUCCGGAGGGAUUGUCCCUAGAGGCGGAGAUGGCGGCGACGGCGGCGGCGGCCGCGGCCUCUGACGCUGGAGAGCCUCGGGAAGAGGCUGAAGCGCCGGGCCCCGCCUGGGAUGAGUCCCAGCUGCGCAGUUAUAGCUUCCAGACGCGCCCUAUCCCGCGUCUGAGCCAGAGCGACCCCCGGGCGGAGGAGCUCAUCGAGAACGAGGAGCCUGUGGUGCUCACCGACACAAAUCUUGUGUAUCCUGCCCUGAAAUGGGACCUUGAAUACCUACAAGAGAAUAUUGGCAACGGAGACUUCUCUGUGUACAGUGCCAGCACUCACAAGUUCUUGUACUACGAUGAAAAGAAAAUGGCUAAUUUCCAGAACUUUAAGCCGAGAUCCAACAGGGAGGAAAUGAAAUUUCAUGAGUUUGUCGAGAAGCUGCAGGAUAUACAGCAGCGAGGAGGAGAAGACAGGUUGUAUCUACAGCAAACUCUCAAUGACACCGUGGGCAGGAAAAUUGUCAUGGACUUCUUGGGUUUUAACUGGAACUGGAUUAAUAAGCAACAGGGAAAGCGCGGCUGGGGACAGCUGACCUCUAACCUGCUGCUCAUUGGCAUGGAAGGGAAUGUGACGCCUGCUCACUAUGAUGAACAGCAGAACUUCUUUGCUCAGAUAAAAGGACAUAAGCGGUGCAUCUUGUUCCCACCGGAUCAAUUUGAGUGCCUCUACCCAUACCCUGUUCACCACCCGUGUGACAGACAGAGCCAGGUGGAUUUUGACAAUCCUGACUACGAGAGAUUCCCCAAUUUCCAAAACGUGGUUGGUUAUGAAACAGUGGUUGGCCCUGGUGACGUUCUUUACAUCCCAAUGUACUGGUGGCAUCAUAUAGAGUCACUACUGAAUGGGGGCAUUACCAUCACUGUGAACUUCUGGUAUAAGGGGGCUCCCACUCCUAAGAGAAUUGAAUAUCCUCUCAAAGCUCAUCAGAAAGUGGCCAUAAUGAGAAAUAUUGAGAAGAUGCUUGGAGAGGCCUUAGGGAACCCACAAGAAGUGGGGCCUUUGUUGAACACAAUGAUCAAGGGCCGAUACAACUAGCCUGCGAGGGGUCAAGGCCUCCUGCCAGGUGACUGCUGUCCCGUCCCCACGGCUUCGUUGAUGAGGACAGGAGACUCCAAGCACUAGUAUUGCACGCUGCACUUAAUGGACUGGACUCUUGCCAUGGCCCUGGAGCCAGGUGUUUGGGGCAAGGCAGAGUAGUCGCACUCCACUCCUGUUCGGAGGGACUUCUCACCCUUGCCUCUUGGACCCCAGCACCUUUCCUCUCUGCCCCCCAAAGUCCUGCAUUCAGUGUGUGGAGUCCCAGCUUGUGGUUGUCAUCGUAUCUGUGUGUUAGUCUUGUCAACCUUGGGCUGUGUGUGCAUGCACACACAUGUAUGUAUCUGAUCCUUGUUCCCUCCUUCUGGGCCAGGGUGUGACUCUGGCUGUUUGUCCUGUCUCCUGCAACCUCAGUGCCUCAGCCUGAGAGAGAGGAGAUGCUGUAGGAUCCCCCACUACGUCUGGGCUGCAGGGCCACAGUGUGUCUGACCGUUAGGUCAAUGUGCCCUCUGCCAGUCUCCAUAGAACCAGGCUCCAGGCCAGGUGGGGAUGGCUACUGGGACUCUACUAGGCAGAUUGUAGAGGCUUGCCUUGGAGAGCCUAGAUGGCCUUCCAGUGGGAGAGGAAUAGAUAGGGUUCCAUCUGGGACCUACAAGCUCAAGCCAUACAUAGAGAGGAACCUUGGAACAUAUGAACCAAGGAUUGUGCAUAUGUUCCAAAUUAGAGAAACAUACAGCUUUUCUCUUUCAGUGCCAGCCCUUGCCCGUGUGCUAGGUAUCAAGGGAGUUCCCCUAGCUGUGGCUUCCUUCCCUAGGCUCUCAGAGUGCAAGCCACUGUGCGUGUGUGCACUGGUAUGUGUGUAUCCACACUGGCCAGCCUCCCUGCUUACCAGGGUUCCCCACUGUUUGCCUUGUCCAGUGUGACACUGCAGUGUGACCCCUGGAGGUACUGCCUGACAGCCUACAGCUUUUUAACUUGGAUUUUAGCCAUCAUAUGUUGGUCAGGCUCAGCCUACUGCUUGAGGCAGACUGGCUAGAGCCUCCAGGCCCUGUGCCCUCCCAUCUGGGCCAUAUCCUCUACUCCUGCUGAGCUUCCUGGCGAGUAGAUGACAUGGGGUUGGGCUUAGGCAGCUAACUCACUACACUUCAUCCACCUCAGGGUGAGGGCAAAGGUGUAGCCCUGCCUCUUAGAGCCAGCGCCUCUGCCAAAACCCGCAAUAGCAUUACAUGAAACCUUGACAGGGCAGCUGGCAGAACAUGGAAGUAGAACUUUCUCUUCUGUUAGUACUUACGGGCACCCAUCUCAGGGCUGCAGCUUAGAGCUGGGCAGAUGGCUUUUGCACAGCACAAAGGGCCAUCAUCCACAUCCAGUCAGUGGGAGUGGGCCCUUUGGUGACCAUGCAUCUACUCACCUCCGGUCCCUCCAUCUUCCUUUCCUCUGGAAGGGAAGAGGAAGUUGGAAGUCUCUGGUUUUACUUCCACCCACUUUUUUUUUUUGGCCAAAGGUAUACUUUCAACAUCUGAGCUAUGACUCUCACCCCCGAAGCUCAGUUUACAGUGCCCUGAUGGACUGAGAUUUGUGUGUAUGUAUGUGUGCACCUAUGUAUGUAUUUUGGAGAGGGGUUUUUAUGUAGUACCCCGUUCUGGGGUUCUCUGGUGCAGUGGCUGUGCAGACAUGGUACCUUUUCAAGUAUAGCUUUUUCAAAUACAGCCAGUGCUGGGAAAUGUGA